UUUCCGUCCAUCUUCUAUUCUCGAUCACCGAUCAAUCCACAGCGUCUUUUGUUUGCAUUUCUCCCUACUUAUGGAGCAGGUCCCGCUCGUUAGCAGCAAUGCUACUACAGCUUGCGAUUUCCCGGGUGCCUGUUGCCUCGCCCUGGCUACAGUUCUAGGACAGGACAAGGUUUCCUUUCCCGACACUGCUGCUUAUGAAGCGUCCCAGGGAUCGUACUUUGCCCAGCAGAAUAGCGAGCUUCAGCCCUCGUGUGUGGUGUUUCCAGACUCAGCCGAUGAAGUAUCCAUUAUCAUCACCAGCAUAUUAGCAAUCUCGUCCGGUGUACCUGAUUAUCAGAAAGCGGGCUGCCAGUUUGCGAUUCGUUCUGGCGGCCACAAUUCCUUCGAAGGCGCAUCCAACAUCGAACAUGGCGUCACCAUUGAUCUGCGCGCUCUCAACUCUAUCCAGAAUGAUGGAGAUGAAGGUGCGCAAGACAAGGAACCACAAGACACCGUCUUUGUCGGAGCAGGCACCACAUGGGGCGAGGUAUAUGCACUGCUGGAUCCGUUGGGCCUCUCGGUGGCAGGAGGACGCGCUGCACAGGUCGGAAUUGGCGGACUGACCCUCGGGGGCGGCAUCUCGUACUUCUCACCGCGGUACGGGUGGACGUGCGACAGCUUGGUCGGUGCAGAGGUUGUCUUAGCUAACGGAACGAUUGUAUAUUUGAAUGAGGCACAACAUCCGGAGUGGCUGGCAGCGCUACGCGGGGGCGGUACCACCUUUAGGGUUGUCACAGGCUUCAAUCUGCGGACUUUCCCGCAGGGCCCUAUAUACGGAGGGUCUAUCUACCACAGCACUGAGACUAUUGACGCCCAAAUACGCGCCUUUGCUGAGCUGGCUGACCCUAAAGUUGGUCCAAGCAGCUACGACGAGUAUGCUUCGCUGAUCACAAGUUUUGGGUUCGCCGGAGGCCAGGGGGCUGCUAUCGUGAACAGUGUUGUGUAUACGGGGAAGCUGGAGGAGCCUAGGGAUGAUGGAGUGACACCGCCGCCAAACGUGUACAAAGCGCUCCUCGACAUCCCGCAAUUGUUCACCACAGUGCGCGUGGCACCGAUGCAUGAGGUGGCCAUUGAGCAAGGGUCGUUUUCACAGAGCGGAAAACGACAGCUAAGUGUAGUCGCAACGCAUGACGUGACCCUUCCUAUGUUAAAUGCAACCUAUCUCAGGUGGAACACCAGCCUGGCAUCUGUACAAGAAAUCCCAGGCAUCAUGUGGUCAAUCUCCCUCGAGCCACUACCUCCGGCUAUUUACGCACGGGCACCUCUCGGUCAUAAUGCUAUGGGGCUGUCAUCAUCCGAAGACCCCGAGCGAUCACUGGUGGUGACCUUACUGAGCGCCACUUGGGAUAACGCGGCUGACGAUACCCGGGUGGAGGAAGCCGCCAAAGCGCUCUUUUCAUGUAUUGAAGCUGAUGCGCGCGCAUUGCAUGCAUAUCACCCUUUUAUCUAUCUAAAUUAUGCAGCGCAAUGGCAGGAUCCGAUCGCUAGUUAUGGAACUGAAAGCGUUGAGCGGUUGCAACGCAUCAGCCGUGAGGUUGAUCCAGCGGGAGUGUUCCAGAACAUGGUUCCUGGAGGAUUUAAGAUACCGAAGUGA